GGGCACUGGCGUCCACCACGGCAUGCAAUACGCGCCUGCCAUACGUCCCACCGCCUCUCCCAUCACAGUCACACGCUCUUUUCGUCUUCAUUGUUACACUCGCGCAUUCACAUCCUUCAAAAUAGGACGCAAACAUAAAGCGCACCGCCAACAGGCGCAGCAGAACAAGCCGUGGCGCAACGCUGAAAAAGGUCGAAAGGGCAAAGGCAAAAGAGGCAGGAUGGGACAGGACGAGUCACGGGUUGUAGACCCAAGUGCGCCACCUCAGACGUUAUCGGCGCGCACUUUGGAGGCUCUUGCGCAAUACAUCAAGGAUGGGCGCGCGCAGAAGAUUGUCGUCAUGACAGGUGCGGGCAUAAGUACUUCCGCCGGCAUACCAGACUUCAGAUCACCAGAAACCGGUCUAUACGCCAAUCUCGCUCGCCUGAAUCUGCCGUACCCCGAAGCCGUCUUCGACAUCGAUUUCUUCCGCAAGACCCCCGAGCCGUUCUACUCUCUCGCUCAAGAACUAUACCCCGGGAAGUUCAGGCCGACGAUAACACAUUCCUUCAUAAGCUUGCUUUACCAGAAAGGGCUGCUACUGAAGUUGUUCACACAGAACAUCGACUGCCUGGAGCGUGAGGCUGGAGUCCCCGGCGACAAGAUAAUAGAGGCUCAUGGCAGUUUUGCGACGCAAUGUUGCAUCGACUGCAAGAAGUCAUACCCAAAGGAGCGCAUGAACGAAGCCAUCCAGAACAAAUCGGUGCCACGCUGCGUCGACUCGUCAUGUAACGGACUCGUCAAGCCCGAGAUCGUCUUCUUCGGAGAACAAUUACCAUCCGCGUUCUUCGACAAUCGAAGCCUUCCCGCCCAAGCCGACCUGUGCAUAGUCAUGGGAACGUCGCUCAGCGUAGCUCCUUUCUCUUCGCUACCGCAGCUCUGCGAAGACGAGACCCCGCGCCUACUCAUAAACUCAGAGAGGGUUGGAGAUAUGGGAACACGGCGAGACGAUGUUCUGCUGCUGGAGGAUUGCGAUAGUGGUGUGAGAAAGCUGGCAGAGGCAUGCGGGUGGACGGACGAGCUGGAAGCGCUCUGGGCAACAACCGCGCCUAUUGAGGAACCCGCAGCGCCCAAGGAAGAAGUCAAGAAGAGCCACGACGAGUUGCUGGAAGAUGAGGUCGAUAAGCUCACACGAGAAGUGGAGGAGAAUCUGAGGCUGAACCAAGCGGAACACAAAUGGCUCGAAAACCACGUCGAUAACAAACUGGCAAGGAAACAGGAUGAUGAUCAGGACGGAGAUCAUCCCGCGACAGAAUUGCAACCAACAGUCGAUGCGGCGUCAAGGGCAAGUCCUAGCGAGACGAAAACGGACCCAGGUGGUGGACUAGGACAUGUGUUUCCGCACAUGAACAAGUCUUCGUUAUAGACAUCUCGCAAGACGCAUGGAUACAUUGGGUAUAGAUACACGAUCUUACGAUCAUGAAUGAUGAUAGCGUACUAUGCGAGUCAACAAGGCGACCCGUUAUGGAA